AUUCGAUUUCAGCGUGAAGCUCACGCGAUCAUUCUCUUUGUCCGAAUUCCCAGAAUUUUAGCAGUAUCAAAACUUCAGAAUGUCAGAGAGAAACGAGGAAACAACACUCGAGAAAACAAAUCCAGCAGCAAUAAUCGACGAUGCCGAUAACUCGUGCGGGGCGGCUGAUGCAAAAGAUUCCCAAAAAUGCGACGAUGAAACUCAAAUUCCGUCGCAGAAGCAAGAGGAUGAAGUUGUGAAGAAAAAGUACGGUGGCUUACUACCUAAGAAGAUUCCGUUAAUCUCCAAGGAUAACGAGCGUGCUUUCUUUGAUUCCGCUGAUUGGGCUUUGGGAAAGGUAGGAGCACAGAAGAGCAAAGGUCCACUAGAGGCUCUUCUUCGCCCUAAAUUGCAGCCAACGCAAAAUCAGCACCUACGGUCCCGAUCAGCUUAUGCACGUGCAGAUGGUGUUGAAGAUGGUUGUGAAUUUGACGAUACGAACACUGGCGAAAAUCACGACGAGAGCAUCGACAAUCACUCUUUGGAAAAUCAGAAUCUUGAAAAGUGAUUUUUUUUUUCUCCGUAUCGAGCAACGUUAUGAACACCUUUGUUAUAUCGAAAAACAGAGGAAAAUGGGAUUUAAGCUGCUUAUAAGGCUUGGUCUUGUUUAAUCUUCGAGUUUAUAUAAAGCCAUCUGAUUACGAAAGAUGGCAGUGUAACUCCUUCAUUACAGGACUAAUAUAAAUACCUCGUACUAAUGUAUGUGUGUGUGUGUGUGUGUGUUUUCGGUUGAGUUCGUCGUAAGGCCAAUUCUGUUACGAGUCA